GAUCCGUAUACCGUUCGUUCAAUAUCCGAAUUUAAACAACAAAUACGGAUACCAUUUGUAUCAGUGGAUAUGAUCAUGCACAGACUGAAAAUGUGUCAAUUAUAGCCUACUAGUGUACAUACAUACUCGCAGUCUCGUCAUCAGAUGUAUCAGACGUGGCAAAAUUAAGACAAACUGCUUGGUAACAUUCCUGCCUAUAAAACCUGCCUAUAAAACUCACUCCCACCUCUAUGUGCUCUUACUCUUGUCAAUCCAUGCUUCUAUGCGUUAUCCACAAUCAGAGGAGAAUAUUUGUGUUAAACAUUUUUGUGUGAACAGGGUUUGGUCUGAAAGAGGGGAAUUAUGAUCACUCUUUCACUGGUACCCUUUGUGUCUGGGCUGUGUAUAGGAUUUCUGUCUGUUCAAUACUUUGUUUACUCAGACACCAGCACUGCAAAACCAGCUGUUUUCUCACUGGGCAACUCCAGUGGAGUUCAUAAUGACAAAAGGGUUCCAAGACACACACACUCAGAUGAGGACAGGAGUGUUGCAGCCAGCCUGUCCCAAAAUGUACGAGUACUAUGUUGGAUCAUGACUGGGCCUAAGAACCUGGAGUCCAGAACCAAACACAUCCGGGCCACCUGGGGCAAACGAUGCAACAAAGUCCUCUACAUGAGCUCAGUGGAGACAGAAUUCCCCACGGUGGGGCUCAACGUAACUGAGGGACGAGACCAGCUCUACUGGAAGACCAUCAGAGCCUUCCAGUACAUCUACCAACAGCACCGCAACGACUAUGACUGGGUCCUCAAAGCCGACGAUGACACGUUCGUGGUCAUCGAGAACCUCCGACACACAUUGUCUAAACAGGACCCGGAGAAGCCUGUAUACUUUGGGAGAAGGUUCCGCCCGUUCGUCCAGCAGGGUUACAUGAGUGGUGGAGCCGGCUAUGUCCUCAGUAAAGAAGCCGUCAGAAGGUUCAUCAAGGGAUUCGACACUGGGAAAUGUUCCCACUUCUCCACCAUAGAAGACAUGGCUCUAGGGAAGUGUAUGGAGACUAUGGGUGUGGAGCCGGGGGACUCCAGAGAUGUGAAGGGAAGGCAGACGUUUCAUCCCUAUCCACCACAGAAGUACCUGGUCAAAGAGCUACCCAGAAAACUGCCCUGGUAUCUCUUAUACGACCACUACAAACCAAGAGAGGGCCCAGAUUGUUGUUCAGAUCACAUCGUAUCAUUUCACUACAUCUACCCUGUAGAGAUGUACACGCUGGAAUACUUCACCUAUCAUCUACGGCCCUAUGGAUACAAGUACAGGUACAACCCUGAUGCUGUAGCAGCUGAAAUUGAGAGUAACACCACCACACCUGUCUCUGCUUAACACUGAGAUAUCACAGACGGACUACUGCACUGAAGAAAGAACUUAUUACUGUGUCAUGUUUAAAUGCCGAAACAACAGCCUGACAUUGCCACUCUCUUUGGUAAGAUGAGCAAUGAGACUGAGGAAAUGGAACCACUCUCAAAUUCACUGACAUGGUAGUUUUAAACAUAUUUUGAAGCUAUACAUUGUUUGUUUGCAUAGACAACAAAUACAUGAACAAUAGAGUAAUGUUGUUUAUUUUUGUGACAGUAUGAGACUGUUGAACUAAGCUCAUUGGGCAUUUGCAUAUCAUUAUUCAAAUUUGCAUUGAGAAGCAAGGAAUCUUCCAGAAUUUGCCUUUAACUGUAGGCUUGCACUAUCGACCACAACUGUUAAUCGUAUAAUCUGUGUAGGUCUUAUCUGUACAUAUGAUAUUUAUUAAAGGUUCUUAUGAUUCGGGCAUUCUAUAUUUUGUGUAUAUUUUAUGAUAUAUUUAUUCAAACAAACAGCUAAGUUCAUUCAGUUUGAGUUUCACAUUUCCUUCUUUGCUUUUGUUGUACAAUGUAAAUAUAUGUAUUUUACAAUUGAUAUAUAUAUAACAUGAUAUUUUGUUCAAAUGAAAAUAGAAGUAUGUACUUAAUGUGUUCUAUAGAUUUCUGAAGGUCUAACGCAAUAUCACAUUCAGAUUGUUAGCUAAAGACGUGUACUGAACUUAGUCAAGAUUUCAACAUGAAAUUAUAUUUCUAUAUUUCUAUUUCUAUAUUUCUAAAUUUCUUUGAGACUCCUGACCUGUGAGAAUCUGUUCAAUGUUUUUGGUUUGGAAGUUAAGGUGUCUUUUAAUGGACAAUUAUUUGAAGCAACACAAUGAGUAAAAACAAGGGUGUGUGAAAAUAUAAAAAAUAUAGAGGUAGAAUAUUUGUACAGUACAGGGGGUGGUUCACAGACUACAUAAAUAACACAAUAGAGAAAUAGAGUAUACAGGUCCUCUCUGGAGCAUCAGUGUAGCAGUGCUGUCGUUCACCUGAGCUUUGGUCCAACUGUAACGGAUAGAGAGGCUGUGUCCCGAUUCUCCACCCUUAUCCCAAAAUAUGCACUUACACACUCCACAUCCUUGGGAGAGUUUGGAUGCAGCCAUAGAUAGAUAGGAGCCCAUGUCCUCAGUGCAUCCCUCUGACAUCAACAUUGGGAAAUGUGCAGGCUUUGCACACGGCCCUCCUCUCUUUAACCAAAGCACAACUGUCUGUUACGUGCGGAUGCAGGUGCUCCUGCACCUGGCUUCCGACUCAAACUGAUUUCCGUUGCCCUGGCAACCUCCGUACCAGAACUGGGCAUGGCCCAGGGUCCAACACGGC